CGUUAAUACCUAGUCUAAUAAUUAUGCACCGAUUUCAGUGAGCCAUCUAUGUAUUCCGUUCUGCAAUAUCGCUCUGGAACCACAGGGUCCACUGUUGGUGCAUACGUCAGGCACGGCCGAGCCCCUGGAAAGCCACUGUCGACAUCAAAAUCUUCAUGAGCUUGUUCAUGGGUGGGCAAAGUGACUUUGGAUGUGUCUGUUCUGCAGCUUCUUUGACAGUUAUAACUCAUGUCGACCUCUGAGGAAGAAAGCACCCGCCAACGGGCAUUCCAGUCUCGUCUGCCGUCUCUAUCCAUUGUUCAUGGGCCGUCAAGCCCCCCAUUAGUUACAUUGACUCUUGGAGGACUCCUUGACCUUCAAGUUAGCAAAUAUGGCCCGCGAGAGUGCCUUGUUGUGCCCUGGACAGGGGCAAGAUGGACCUACAAUCAGCUACGCGACCAAACCAUCUUGAUUGCCAACUCUCUCUUGGACAUGGGCAUCCGACCCGGGGACAAGAUUGGUGUCAUGGCAGGAAACUGUGAACAAUUCGUCUCGCUGUUCUUCGCAACGACAAGAAUCGGUGCCAUAAUCGUACUCCUCAAUAACACAUACACUGCUGAGGAGGCACAAAACACGCUUCAAUAUACACAAUGCCGCCUCCUCUUCACGACCCUCCGCAUUGGUACGCUUUCGCAAGAACCGCUUCUUCGUGCUCUCUCAACCCUUCCUGAGCGUACGCCGGUCUUGGAAGAAAUCAUUCUUCUCACCGGCCCCUCGACCACCCACCGCACCUACACCGAGCUUGUAUCUCACUCUUCCCGCUCACUCAGCCAGCUCACGUCGCUUGAAAAGCAAAUCUCCACACACUCGGUCUGCAACAUGCAAUUCACAUCCGGCUCGACCGGUGGGCCCAAAGCUGCCAUGCUCACCCACCACAACCUCAUCAACAACGCCCGCUUCAUUGGCGACCGUAUGGCUUUGACCGCGCUCGACGUACUCUGCUGUCCGCCGCCCCUUUUUCAUUGCUUCGGCCUCGUGCUCGGCCUCCUCGCCGCCAUCACCCACGGCGGCAAGAUCGUUUACCCCGCCGAAACAUUCUCCGCCCAGGCCACCCUCGCUGCCCUCGUCGCGGAGUCAUGCACCGCGCUCCAUGGUGUACCUGCCAUGAUCGACUCGCUCUUUGCACUCCCGCAACCACCCUCGUUUCGCGCACAGCUGAGCCUACGCACCGGCAUCAUCGCCGGUGCCCCAGUGCCUAAGGCGCUGAUGCACAAGAUGGUGCACGACUGGGGCAUGACACAAUUCACAUCCUCCUACGGGCUCACUGAAGCCUCGCCGACCGUCUUCAAUGCGUCCACCACGCUGCCCACCGCUCUCAAACUCGCCACCGUGGGCAGCGUCAUGCCGCACUGCUCGGUCAAACUAAUCUCGCGCUCCGGUCGGCCGGUGCCGCGCGGCGUGCGCGGCGAGCUGUGCGUGGCUGGAUACCAGCUGUGCAGCGGGUACUUUAACAACGCGCAGAAGACCCAGGAAGCAUUCCGGUUGGACGGCGACGGCGUGUUAUGGCUACAUACGGGCGAUGAGGCAGUGCUGACCGACGACGGACUGUGUGCCAUAACAGGCCGGUUCAAGGACAUUAUCAUCCGCGGCGGCGAAAACAUUUAUCCACUAGAGAUCGAGGAGCGGCUGUCCGCGCACCCGAGUGUGGCGCGUGCGGUAGUGACGGGGAUCAAUCAUGAGCAUUAUGGCGAGGUUGUGGGUGCAUUUUUAGAGUUGGAAGAGGGUGCACAGAGACCUGAGGAUGAGGAAGUCCGUGAGUGGACGCGUGCGGUGCUGGGUCGGCAUAAGGCGCCUAGGCAUGUGUUUUGGCUGGGUAUGAAUGGAAUUCCGGAUACUGUACCCAUUACCGGGAGUGGUAAGGUGCGGAAGUUUGAAUUGAGGCAGGCCGGUGAGGAGGCUCUGUCGAGGACAAACGAGGUGGAAGAUGUGAAGACGACGGAGGGUGCAGAUCGCGCGAGGUUGUAGACCGAUGCAAACCUGGUGUGUGCUAUGCAGUAUUUGCCUCAUAGCAAGGGGCGUUCCGGACUAGAGCUCUAGUACUGACUGGCAAGGCAAACAUGACUGCGAACGUAUGUUUGUAUUUAUUGCAUAUGAACCAUACACACAUCUUGAUCUGGCAUGUUUAGUACUUUACACCCUAAGUCUCACGACUAACACAGUAUGAUUUCAGCUCUCGGAG